AUGCAAACAAGGUUGAAAUCAGGAAUAAGGAAGCCCAAUCCGAAGUAUGUUCUCUCCAUAGCCCGUGAGAUUCCAAAGGAGCUGAAAACAGUUAAAGGAGCACUAAGUCAUCCGGGUUGGAGGAAAGCUAUGAUAGAUGAAUUGGAGGCUCUCAAAUUAAAUCAAACAUGGGAGCUAGUACCAAGAUCUUCAGAUAUGAAUAUCGUCGGAUGUAAGUGGGUGUUCAAAGCCAAAUUGGAUGCAGAAGGAAACCUUGAUAAACUGAAAGCACGAUUAGUGGCGAAGGGGUACCAUCAAGAGGAAGGUGUUGAUUUCGCCAAAACUUUCAGUCCUGUGGUUAAACAGGCAACCAUGAGAAUUGUUCUCUCCGUGGCAAUUGUUAAAGGAUGGUUUAUCCAUCAGCUAGAUGUGAAGAACGCGUUUCUUCACGGGUCAUUAAAUGAGACAGUGUUUAUGGAACAACCACUAGGCUUUGUGAGUUCUACGAUGCCUAACUCGCUUGUUUACUCAAGAAGGCAUUAUACGGCUUAA